AUGCAUAGUAUUAGUAUAAAACAAGAAGACCAAUCAUCCUAUUCAAAAUUAUCUAUAUUACAAUCCUGUAUUCCAUCUGAUGAAAACCAAAGUAUGGAAAUCAUAGCCAAACCUAUAGUAGAAACAAAAGACAGGCCAGAAAUCAAAAAAGAGAUUUUGAUUAAAGAAGAACUAAGCACUUUAGAUUACAGAGUUCUUGAAUCUCUUGAAAAAGACAAAAAAAAUACAGACAAGCAUCCAAUUAGGAAGAGUAGUAAAAAGGCCAAAAAGUAUAAAGAUAUCUAUAACUCUUGUUGGA